AAAUUAUUUCCUGCCGUCAUUUCUAAGUGUGUUAAUAGUUCCUUUUGGGACAAAACGAACUUUUGCGAAAGAAAAGCGAACUUACCCAAAAAUCUACGCAUGUCAGAGCCUCGCUAGGCCGCCCGGCUUUAAUCAAUAUGAGCCGUCGGCGGACUGACGUCACGGGAGAGUCGACCCGCUCUACGCGAGAUCUCCAUGUAGUAAUAAAUAAGAAAAAAAUGAAAUCGUUCGAAUUUGAGCGCUUCAAACGCGUCGGGUUCGAUUAAACUGUGGUGAUAGCGAAGCUUUAAUAGUUAGAUUGUGGUUUCUUAAAAUGUUCUGGUUACAUUAAGAUCGUUACGAUGGUGGAAGAAGUCGCCAACGAUGGUCACGGGUACUCGAAGCUGGUGGGCCGUCCCAAGAAACGGGACAGCGACGGUUUCACCACCAGGGCGGCUUUCGGGAACAUCUCGCCUCCUGUGGACGCUUACAACGUAAUCUACCUGUCGUUCGUUCUGGGCGGGAUGGGAUUCCUGCUUCCUUAUAACAGCUUCAUAAUGGCGAUGGACUAUUUCAAAGUGCGGUAUCCAGGCACCCCGGUGGUAUUCGACAUGUCGUUGGUUUACAUCGUGGUCGCGCUUCUGACCGUGCUGGGUAAUAAUCUGCUGGUCGAAACAUUCAGCCUCAACUGUAGGAUCAAUUUCGGAUACGUCAUGUCCUUCAUCACUUUAAUCUUCGUGGUCGUCUGCGAAGUGUGGUGGGAGGCUUUUGGAACCGCCACUUCCUAUACCGUCAACUUGGCGGCGGUCGCCGUCGUCGCCGUCGGAUGUACAGUUCAACAGUCGAGUUUCUACGGGUACACUAGCAUGCUUCCCCCUAAAUACACCCAAGCCGUGAUGGUGGGUGAAAGUACUUCCGGAGUAUUCACGUCUGUAGUCCGUGUCAUCACCAAAUGCAUAGUCAACGAGCUACGCGGGAGCACAGUUUACUUUUUCACAGUCUCCGUGUCGACGGUACUCACGUGCUUCGCCAUGUACCAUCUCAUCCGCAGAUCCGACUUCAUACAGUUCUACAUAGCGCUCUGCGAGAGGGCAAAAACUAGGAUAACUCUCGAGCCUACCGAAGACGCGGGACUGAUCGAAACUAAUGACGUCCAAUAUGGUAUACUCAAGAUCCAAUCCAGUCCGCCUCCAAGCGGCAACUCCCUGAGCUUCGCGAACCCUGCAUACGAACCUUCGGCGCCGGUCCCCACCUACAAGGUCGAAGACGUCGUGGUCAGAGGACGUCAUAGUGUCAGCAGCGGUGGAGUUGGGAUCAACGCUUUCAAAAGAGGGCUGCACGCCAGAUGGGAAGUGACCAAGUCCACCUACCCUUACAUGAUAUCGAUCUGCUUGGUUUACUUCGCAACGCUGUGCAUAUAUCCCGGGGUGGCCUCAGAAGUGGUCAGCUGCACGCUCGGAGACUGGAUGCCUAUCUUGAUGAUGGCGCUGUUCAACGCGUCUGACUUAAUAGGCAAGAUGAUCGCGUCAUCAGCAAGGUAUUGGACAGGAGGUAGGCUGGUCAGGUGCUCUGUUGGGAGGUUGCUGCUCAUCCCCCUCAUGGUAAUGUGCGUGGCACCGAGGCAUAGUCCUAGAUUCUCGGCCGAGAUAACGGCUUUCAUAUUCUCCGUUUUGCUCGGCUUAAGCAACGGGAUCCUCGGCAGCGUACCCAUGAUCCAGGCGCCGUCCAAGGUCGAAGACCGCCAUCGAGAGUUGACAGGAAACAUUAUGACGUUGAUGUACAUGUUCGGACUCGCGGCCGGUUCGCUCGUGGCCUACUCGAUCGAGAACGCCCUCGGCUCGAUGGAACAUCACCCGUGCAGUUUAGAUCACAGCGGCAUCAUGCCGCCAGCGAAUCAAACCGCCAUUUUGAAUCUGACCCGCCCUUCGAGCACGACCGCGUCGAGUCUGCUUUCGACGUUGGCGUCCUUGACGACCACGAGACCGGGCGCCGAAUUCAACGUCACAGAAUCGAGCAUACUUUAAACUUUCGACUAGUGAUAUGCUCCCGACGAUUUGCAAAUAUAAUUAUCCAGAUAUAGAUGGAUCCAUCGAAUACAUAUCCCACGGGACCGACACACCAGAUGGGCUCGAAUCGGUUAUUGGACGCAGGUGGUGGAAAAACGCGGCUUUUGUUUCAACAAUCGGGCCAAUCAAUAGAGAAAAAAAUGAUUACUUCUGUGCUUAUAGCGACUAGAUAUACCGUAUAUCCAAUAAGAGCAAUGGGUGACCCUAGAAAUUUGAAAAAAAAUGCAUCAAGCAAAUCGACUGAUUAAAAUGCAGGAAAUUAUUUUCGAAUUCCUGAAAUUCCCACCAAGGGGUUGUUCUUGAAACCCAGUUUUCUCAAAAUGUUAACGAGAUGUUAGAUGUUUUCUGUGAAUUUUUCCAUGGUAACUGUUUUCGUUAUUCAUCUCUUUUGCAAAUGAUUUUUUAAAAUUAUGAGUUAUUAUUAUUAAACGACAUUAAUAGUGUUACAUAACCCUCUUUGCACUUUUCUCUAAAUCUAUGGUAUAUUUAAAUAAUUAACAGAAGUAUAAUAUUGGUAUUAAUCACACCAUAAUCAUAAAUUGUAAUAUAGUAAAAACUGUAAUAAAGUAAUUAGUAAUAUACGUUGCACAGAAACUUUUACACUAACCAAUAAAUUAAAAAAAUAUUUAUGAUUAGCCUUGGCUAACAAAUAAUAUGUUUUUUUUAAUUAUGUACAGGGUGUCCCACUUAAGAACUGAAAAAUUCAAUAAAACCUUGCUUAUUGCUUCAACUUAAAGUCAUGGCCAACUGGGACUAUAUAACAAAGGAGAGAGAAGAGAGAAGUACGAUUAAGGAUUAAAAAAUAAAUAAAUUGGCAACGAAUUCUUAUUCAGGAGUACUUAGAACCCAGCUAUACCAAUUUUUAUAAUGUUUCAAUACAGGGUGUUUGAAAUAUCGUUUGCGCCCAGCUUAAGACUGUACAUCGUUGUCAAUUCUUUGAUUACGGUUUGAUUUUGAGAAUUGUUGGAGAUUUUUUUAAGAAUAAAGUGUACAACGAAUUUUUAUUCUGGACUACAUAAAACCUAACUAUACUAAUUUCCAUGAAGCAUUACUCCUGUUAAAUGUUUGUUUAUGGCUCAAUUUUGAUAAUUCUUUCUUACUGGACAGAUCUUAUUAAACUGAAAUGAAACGAUUUUUCAUAUAGCAUCGACUAAAGUCAGGCCCGAAUGACAGUUUUUUGAAGCGGAAAAUCGAGAAAUACGUUUAGAGAUUUUUUCCAAUUGAAAAUGACAACAGGACUACCUAAAAGUAACUAGACCAAACCAACCAAACCAAAAUAAAUAUUGUAACCCUUAUGAAUAACGAUUAUUUUGUAUAUGUUUUUGAGAUAUUACAAAUUUUAAUUAUACAAAUUUCAAAAAAGACUUUUUAAAGGGCAUUUAUUUUUUAGUAUCAUCUUAAAACAACCAUUAAUAAAUGUUAGUAUUCGAAAGGUAUAAAAACAAAAUUAAAAUAUAUAUUAGCGAGUGAAUUUGACAGUGGAAUAUUCGCUUCUCCAUGGCAAGUUUGGUUUUACAAAGGAAACAGUAUGCCGACGUCAAAUAAUUUUGAUACUUCUGUUAAUUUCAUUAUUAUUUUUUUAUUGAAAAAAGUACAGCGUUGUAAACUUUGUUCACUGGACAUCUAAUCAUUUCUAAUCAUAUUUAAUUUUAUGAAAAUCGUUAGUGUCUUUCAGUGAAAUGGAUCCAACAAAAAAAGAAUUAGCAAAAUUGAACCAUAAACAAACAUUUUGCAGCAGUAAUGCUUAAGCGAGACGCCCGCGACUUUUCGAACACCCUAUAUUCGAACUUCAUCGAAAUUAGUAAAGUUAGGUUUUAUGUAGUCCUGAAUAAGAAUUCGUUGACACUUAAUUCUUAAAGAAAUUUCAAAAUGAAACCGUAAUCAAAGAUUUUACAGCGAUGUAUAGUCUUAAGCGGGGCGCAAACGAUAUUUUAAACACCGUGUAUUGAAACAUUAUAAAAAUUGGUAUAGUUGGGUUCUAAGUACUACUGAGCAAGAAUUCGUUGCCAAUUUUUUUUUUUAAUUCCUAAUAAAACCUCUCUUUUCUCUCUCUUUUGUUAUAUAGUUGGUCAUAACUAAGUUGAAGCAAUAAGCAAAACAAGAUUUUAGCGUAUUUUGCAGAGAUUUAUCUAAUAAAAAAAUAUCAAAAUCGAACCAUAAACAAAAAUUUUACAAGGGCGUACAGUUCUUAAGUGGGACACAAUUUCUACGAUUCAAGCUUGAAAAUCUGCAUUAUAGAGACCCUUAUUUUUUAUUUUUUUAUUUUCAACAUCCUGUAAUUUUUUAGCAAAUAACUUUUGCCACCACAUUUAUUACACAAAACUUUUUAAUUUUUAUGUCUCAUAAAUAGAAAAAAAUCAAGAAAAUAAACGCUUUUUCGUUUUUUUUUAACUGGGCAACACGAAUUUCAGCUUUAUACUGUUCACAAAAAUUAUCAUGUGGUAGUUGCGGAUGAGAUUUAUAAGAAAAGUACUUCAGGGUAUCUUUCCUGUGGUGGAACGAUAGCGAUACAUCCUCUAUUGAUCGGCCUGAGCCCGUUUUUCAUAGGGGUACCGAGAAAACCAUAUUCUCCAAAAAUUACCACCAAUGAAGUUAUAAAGGGAGACGCGGAAAGUCAUUCUUAAAAUACAUACGAAAUAAACAAAUACUCAUGAAUGUCUAAUGCUGCUUCGCAAUGUCAAAAAUCGCAACGGCACGAUCACAGAACAUAAGAGAGAAGUGAAGUGAUUAAAAUCUGAAAUGUUGACGACAGCAGUGUACUAAGGGCUUGUUGGAUCUCCUUUGAUCACGACCAUUAUGUUUGCGACAAAAAAUUAAUAAAACCAAUAAAAACGUGUGUUAAAUGUAUAGAAAAUUGUUGUAAUAAAUCGAAA